AUGGGCAAAGGUUUAACAAAAAAUGAUCAAAGUAACAGUAGUUUCAAUGUAAAUUGUAAAUCUUCUUUAACAAGUAUACUAAUAGUUUCUAAUUCUAGAUUUUGAUAAAUUAGCAAGUCCUACUUAAAUUCAGAUAUUAGAUUAUAAUUCUCAAUUAGUUAAAGGUAAUACUAAUAUAUUCUAUAAAAGCAUUUAAUCUUUUAAAAAGUUAACAAUAUGAACAUGCCAUAAAGUUAAUUGACCAUAUAUUAGUUAGAUCUCCAAAUAUAGCAGAUGCAUAAUACUUGAAAGGUUCUAACUGUUAUAAUGGAUUUUAGGUUUAGCUUAUCUUGGAUUAAACAAUUUACAAUAAGCUUUAUAUUUUUGUCAAAAGGCAACUUAACUUGAUAAAAAACAUUCAAAAGCAAUUGCUGAAAUUGGUAAAAAAUAUUUUAUAUUUUAGGGAAUAUAUACAUAUUGAAUAAAAAGUACUAAGAUGCUCUAAAUGUAUUUAAUAAGUUAGUUGAAAUGAAUGAAAGAUCAUUUGAAGGAUAUUUUGGAAUGGCUUUUGUAUUAACAAUUUUAAACAAUUUUGAGAAAGCACAAUUUUAUUAUGAAACAGCCUUAUAAAUUAAAUAAAAUGAUAAAGGGGCAUUAUUAAAUUAUGGUAUUUUAUUUCUUAAAAUUUAGGCCAUUUAAAAGUAAAAUAAUAAAAAUACGACUAAGCUUUAGAGCUAUAUUAACAAGCAUUAGAAUAAGAUCAAAUAUAUCUUGAAGCAAUUUAAUCUAUAUGUAAUUUAUUCAUGAUCUAAAAAAAUUAUGAAAAUUUGCUUGAGUUUUGUGAUAAACAAUUAGAAUAAUAAAAUCCAUAAAUUAAGAUUGUUUUAUUAAAUUGCAAAAGUAAUAAAUAUAAAUAAUUUAUUUUUAGGCUAAGCUUAUUAUUCUUAGAAGUUAUUUGAUAAGUCAAUUAAUCUAUGUAAAGAAGUAUUGACAAUUGAUUCUAAAAACUUUGAAGGUUUAUUUGGAAUAGGAAUGAGUCUAUUUAAUUUAAAUUAGUUAAACCAAUCUUUAGAAUAUUUUUAGAAGAUCCUUAAUGAAUACCCAAAAGAAAUUAGAACUUUUAAAAUGAUAAUAAGAAUUUAAAGCACUCUAUAAUAAUAUACAUAAUUAAAAGAAUAUUGUGAUUAAUUAAUAACAAUUGAUCAAACUGAUUAUUCAACAUAUUAUUUUAGAGGAAUAGCUUUUAUGCAAUAAUAAAAUUAUUUAUCUGCCUUAGAUGACUUUAACAAAGUAAUUGUUCAUGAUUAAAGUAACUUUAUGGCAAUAAAGCAUAAAGGUAAUUAUUAUUUAAAAUUUUAGGAUAUUGUUUAAGUAUGUUAAAAAAGUUCAAUUAGGCAAUAUAAUGCUAUGAAUCAAUUUUUAAAUAUAUUUUAGACCAUAAAGAGAAAUCUAUAUUAUUAUAUGAAAAAGGUAUUAAUUUAAAUGAAUAAUAGGAUUUUGCCAUUUAAAAUUGCAUUAAAAUCUAACUGCUAAACAGAAUUUUGAAGAAGCUAUAGAGGUAGAUUCUAAUAAUUAUGAAUUAAAACUUAAAAUUGCUAACUUAUAUAGAGAUAAUAAAAAUUAUGAUUAAGCAAAUAAAUUGUAUAAUCAAUUGAUAUAUGAAAAUGGAAAGAUACCCAUAUAUUAUAUUGAAAAAGCUUACAUGUGUGAAUUAUUAUAAGAUUAUGUUAAUGCAAAAAUACUGUAUGAUGAAGUUAUAACAUUGAAUAAUAAAAAUUGUGAAUAUUAUCUCAAAAGAUGUAAUUUAUAAUUUAAAUUAUUAGCGAAAAUAAACUUUUAAUUGUAAAAUUUUACUGAAGCCAUGUAAGACUUAUAUUAAGGAAUUAAGUUGGAUAAUUAAUAAUCAGAAUUAUAUUUUGAACUAGGAUAGAUACUUUAUAUUUAAUAAAAUUUCAUAGAAGCUGCUGAUAUGUUUUAUAAGGCUUGCACUUUAAAUGAUAAUAUUGAGAAAUAUCACAUAAAAUAUUCGAUUGCUUUGUAAAUGUUAUAGGCUGAUAAUGAAGCAAUUCAACAUUUAGAAUAUGUUCUUAAAAAACAUCCAGAUUUCGAUGACUGUAUAGAUGUUUUAGAAAGUUUACAUACAUAAUCAUGUUAUACUAAAGAAUACAUAUAAGUGUUUUCAUAUAUCUUUAUUUCAUUUCUUUAGGAAGGCAUUAAUAUUGAUAAUUAAAAUAAAGAGGAAAUAUAUGAUUAGAUUAGAGAUAUAUUAGAGAAAAGGUUAAACACAAAAUUUCCUAAAAUUCCAAAUAUUUUUUAAAUAAUAUUCGAUUUUAUGAAUAAUUAAGAAAAUAUUAAGAUAAUUCAUAAUUAAAAGAAUUUUACACUAGUCUUAAACAAUCUUUAUAAAAAUAAUUUUAAUAGUUUAGAAUAAUUUGUAUAAUAUAUUAUUGAAAUUUCUAAGAAAAUGGGUUUUAUAUUUACUAAUAAUAGUAAAAAAGUUAAUGGAAUGAUUAAUAAAGAAUUUUAAAAAGAAAUUUUGAAGUUGGGAUUAGAAUCUUAAUUUAGUAAAUUUAAAAAUAAAAUUGUUUGUGCAGCAAUUAGAGAUUGUUUAGGAUUAAUCUAGAUUAUUAUUAUUAAUUCGAAUGGAAAUUUAUCUUAUUUAAAAAAUAUAAUUGAAUAAAUAUUUACAGAUGGUAGUUUAAUAAAACAUGGUCAGAAUUGA